CCGCCAGUUUCAAGUUGGCGAUCUGGUUCUACGCAAGGCUGGGUUAACUAACACUCAUUCACACAUGGGUAAGCUCGCUCCUAAUUGGGAAGGUCCCUAUAUGGUGGUUCGGGUUAAGCGACCUGGCUCUUACGUGUUAGCAGAUAUACAUGGGCAACAGUUACCUUACCUUUGGAAUGUACAGAAUCUUAGGAAGUUUUACAGUUAAUGUGUGUUAUAUUAUUUCGCUUGAGGUACUAUCCAUCAGUUGUAAACAAAUGAUAUACCGAAAA